CUUAAACUUUGACCAAUCUUGAAGCAAAUGGGCCAAAGCUGUACUGUGUAUCUGUUAUGCGUGCAAGUGUUAUAUAAACCAAACCACAAUUGUUGAACAAGAAAGUACCAAAAUCAAAAUUUUAACUAAAGAAAUGGCUUCUUCUUCCUGUUGUAUUGGCCUCCUUUCUCUUGUAGUUCUGUUACCAUUUCUCUUAGUCUCUGCUUCGGCCACAAAAUACAUCGACGCCAUAUGCCAACGUACCAGUACUACCCACAAAGCCUUCUGCGUCAAAACUUUGAACGCAUACCCUUCUGCGGCUUCUGCCACCAGCACGUUCCAAGCGGCUGGGGCUACGCUCAACCUCGCCAUAUCUUAUGCCCAUAGGUAUGCGGUUUUUGCGGGAAAAGUGGCAAAGGAGAAUCCAAAAUUGAAGAAGGAUUUUGCGACGAUUCAGGAUGCCUUCAUGACCAUUAGCAUGUCUCUCAAAAGUGCUAAACUUGAACUCAAGGAUUCGCCGGACACCGCCAACUAUGACGUCAUGGUUUGUACCGACAGCACAAUGAUAGUGAAGAACUUGAUCGGUAAAAAUACAGACAAGGUGUCGAAGACUGUCAUGUUGAUGACACUAAAGAUGGAGAAGCUUCUUGCUAUGGCCGUUGGAGCCACCGUAGCUGUUGGCGGGUAAAGACGACGAUAAGAACACAUACCAUCGUCAGAUUUGUCAUAUUUAGUUUACUCUAUAUUUAGUUUACUUUUGAGUAUAAGGUUGUUGUUAUUUAAUUCUAGAGGAUGUGAUGUUCUGUUUUCUAUGAGGAUCAAAACAUUUCUCUUCGAUAGAACAUAUGCAUGUCUUGAAAACCCAACUACGACGUCAUGGUCUCUGGCGAUGAAAUAAGGCGUGUUAAGGGUUUGGUCGAGAAAAACACUGACCCGUCUUCAAAGACGCUCAUGAGAUGACUUUGCAGAUGGAGAAGCUUCUUGAUCUCGCUGCUGGAGCCACCGAUGCCGUUGACGACGACGAUGAGAAGUUACAUCGUCGUGCUUGAUGUUUUAACUAAGUUUGGUUUUUGGUUUACUUUUGUUAAGAAAGCAUGCAUGGAUUCAAAGGGACAUAUGAAAACUAUUUGUCUUGAAUCUUAGGAUAAUUUCAAAUUGUAAUUUGUGAUAUUAAUGUCGAAGAAAUUAUUUUUUUUA